AUGCUUGUCACUAAGGAGGGUCAACACACCCCGGAGGAUGGAGGAAUCAAGCUAUACACGAAAACAUGGAAGACCGACGGGCCUCCCAAGGCUGUCAUCGUUUUCGUCCACGGAUUUAGCGACCAUUGCAAUGCGUACUACGGCUUUUUCCCUGCUCUGGCUAGCUAUGGCAUUGAAGUGCGGGCGUUUGAUCAGCGUGGAUGGGGCAAAUCUGUUACAAGCCCGUCAUCUAGAGGCCUUACGGGCUCAACUGAGACUGUGUUGAAGGAUAUUCAUUCGUUCUUGACGAGCACCUAUAGCUCGCUGAAAGAGCAGGCAUCAGCAGAGGGCUCAGCAGAAUCGACGAUACCGCCUGUUUUCUUGAUGGGCCACAGUAUGGGUGGUGCAGAAGUACUCUACUACAUGCUCAAUUCACCAGACUUCCCGCCCUGGGUCCGGGGAGUUCUGGCGUACUCGCCACUGAUAGCCUUACACCCAGAUAGCGCCCCUUACAGACUUACCGUGUUCAUGGGAAGGUUGGCUGCAAGACUAAGACCACAACACCAACUAUUCAAAGCACUCGAUCCACUCACCAUGUGUCGUGACGUGCGUGUUUGUGAGGAAUGGAAAAACGAUCCACUUUGCCAUGAUACUGGCACGCUCGAAGGGCUUGCAGGAAUGCUGGAUCGGGCAGCCUGGCUUGAUGCCCUGCAGCAUACACCCAAAAUGGAAUCGCAAGCAACAGCACUCUGGGUGUGCCACGGGACUGCUGAUCGGGUUAAUGAUUUCGACGCCUCUAGACGCUUCACGGAGGCGGCUUCUGUAAGUGAUUCAACGUUUCAGAAAUAUGAUGGUGGCUACCAUAAACUACAUGCGGAGCCCGACGGAAUAAAGGAAGCGCUCGUCAAGGACGUCGCUGAGUGGGUGCUGGCGCGCAGUGGGGUGGAUGAGGGGUCGGCGAAGGCCAAGCUGUAG